UUUGCUGGGACCUUGUCAGAUGGUUUGGGAAAGACCAUGGACAACAGACAUCAGACGGAGCGAGAAUACAUUCGGUACCACGCUGCAACUAGUGGGGAACAUCUGGUAGCUGGAAUCCAAGGACUUGCACAUGGUAUCAUUGGAGGACUGACAAGUGUAAUAACUUCAACAGUCGAGGGUGUGAAGACCGAGGGAGGUGUCAGUGGUUUCAUAUCUGGCCUUGGGAAGGGGCUGGUUGGCACCGUAACCAAACCCGUGGCCGGAGCUCUGGAUUUCGCGUCGGAAACGGCGCAGGCGGUGAGGGACACGGCAACGCUGAGCGGCCCCAGGACGCAGGCGGAGCGGGUGCGGAAGCCGCGCUGCUGCAGGGGGCCGCAGGGGCUGCUGCCUCGCUACGUGGAGAGCCAGGCAGAAGGGCAGGAGCAGCUCUUCAAGCUGACAGACAACAUCCAAGAUGAGUUCUUCAUAGCAGUGGAGAACAUAGACAGGUACUGUGUCCUCAUUUCAUCAAAAGCUGUUUACUUCCUGAAGAGUGGUGACUGCCCAGACCGUGAGGCCAUCUUCCUGGAAGUCAAGUAUGAUGAUCUCUACCACUGCCUGGUUUCAAAAGACCACGGGAACGUGUACAUACAGCUGACAAAGAAAGCUGUUAACACAAGCAGUGGUGUAGCAAUGCCAGGCCCAUCACAACAGAAACCCAUGGUGAAAGUGAAAUCUGAAGUCCUUGCAGUGAAGCUGUCUCAAGAAAUAAACUAUGCAAAGAGCCUUUAUUACGAACAACAGCUUAUGUUAAGACUCAGUGAAAAUCAAGAACAACUGGAGCUGGACUCUUGAAACCUCUUCCUCACUGCCAGAGUGGGCUGCAGGGCUGGGGCUGGAGCGGGUGGGGUUCUGUGACUAGAG